CCAGAACCCGUCCAAAUCACCCCACCCAUCGGUUAGCUGGAUUAGCCCGUCCUCCCAGUCGCGGAUUGGCCUGCGACAGCACCCGUCGGUCGCAGUUGUGUCUGGGAAGGAGAGAAAAUGGCGGCGGAGCCGAGCAAGACUGAAAUCCAGACUCUUUUUAAGAGACUUCGCGCAAUUCCAACCAACAAGGCCUGUUUCGACUGCGGCGCCAAGAGUCCAAGCUGGGCCAGCAUCACGUAUGGUGUUUUUCUGUGUAUCGACUGCUCCGGGGUGCAUCGUUCUCUGGGGGUCCAUCUGAGCUUUAUCAGGUCCACAGAGUUGGAUUCCAACUGGAGCUGGUUCCAGCUGAGGUGUAUGCAGGUCGGCGGGAAUGCCAACGCGACAGCCUUUUUCCGUCAACACGGAUGCACAGCCAACGAUGCCAACACCAAAUAUAACAGCCGAGCUGCCCAGAUGUACCGGGAGAAGAUCCGGCAGCUGGGGAGUGCAGCCCUAGCUAGGCAUGGCACUGAUCUUUGGAUAGACAACAUGAGUAGUGUGCCUGGUCACUCCCCAGAGAAAAAGGACUCUGAUUUCUUCAGCGAACACACUCAGCCCCCUGCCUGGGAUGCAGCCACCACUGAGCCCUCAGGGACCCAGCAUCCAGCUCCAUCUAUAGAGAGCAAUAGCCUGGCACAACCAGAGCAGGGCCCCAACACCGACCUGCUUGGCUCUUCACACAAGGCCUCCCUGGAGUCCAUGUAUCUGUCAGCUGCAGGGGCUCCUCCUGCCCAAGAUCUGAAAAGCUCCAUCAUUGGCAAGAAGAAGCCGACAGCAGCCAAGAAAGGGCUGGGGGCCAAGAAAGGCCUAGGGGCCCAGAAGGUGAGCAACCAGAGCUUCAGCGAGAUUGAACGGCAGGCCCAGGUAGCCGAGAAGCUCCGAGAGCAGCAGGCAGCAGAUGCCAAGAAGCAGGCGGAGGAGUCCUUGGUCGCCUCCAUGCGCCUGGCCUACCAGGAGCUCCAGAUUGACAGGAAGAAGGAGGAAAAGAAGCUACAGAAUCUGGAAGGGAAGAAGCGGGAGCAGGCCGAGAGGCUGGGCAUGGGCCUGGUGUCUCGCAGCUCUGUCUCCCACUCCGUGCUGUCUGAGAUGCAAGUGAUCGAGCAGGAGACCCCAGUGACUGCAAAAUCCUCCCGCUCACAGCUGGACUUGUUUGAUGAUGUUGGAACUUUCGCCUCUGGGCCCCCAAAGUAUAAGGACAACCCAUUUUCCUUGGAAUCCUUUGGUUCUCGCUGGGACUCAGAUGCCACCUGGGGUAUGGACAGGGUGGAAGAGAAGGAGCCAGAAGUGACCAUCUCAAGCAUCAGGCCUAUUUCAGAAAGAGCUACAAACCGGAGGGAGGUGGAGAGCCGGGGCUCAGGCCCAGAGUCCAGUGAAGCCCAGCAGAAGUUUGCAGGUGCCAAAGCCAUCUCGUCGGACAUGUUCUUUGGGCGGGAGGUGGACACUGAGUACGAAGCCAGGUCCCGUCUGCAGCAGCUCUCGGGCAGCAGUGCCAUCAGCUCUGCAGACCUCUUUGGGGACUCGGAUGGAGCUCAUGGAGCAGGAAGUGUGUCUCUGGGGAAUGUGCUCCCUACUGCUGACAUCGCACAGUUUAAGCAGGGGGUCAAGUCUGUGGCUGGCAAGAUGGCUGUGCUGGCUAAUGGGGUGAUGAACUCACUGCAGGAUCGCUAUGGUUCUUACUGACCCCAGCCCUGUGGUUCAAGCCCAUGGCAGUGUCAGCAGCAGGAUCCCUGUGACUGCCAGGCUGGUGACACCUGCCUCGUGGACACUGGAGAAGGUUGGCAACUUCUCUAUGUGGUGUGCCAGUGGGCGGCCUUGGAGGACCAAGGGCAGGACCGCAUCAGUGCUUGCCUCGCCUGGCCUGUGGAUUGUGCCCCUUCUUGUCCCCUCAAGCCCUCCUCCAUGCUGGCAUCCCAGGGCCCUGCCCAAAGCUGCUGCUCAUUUGGCUAUGCUGAGAGGAGGGCAGGCGCCUGACUUGGCUCUGGUCAGCGCUUCUCUUAGGGCAGUGAACCACGCAAGCUUCUGUCAGCUCUCUGGGGUCGUGGGCUUCCUCUGCUCUGUGGUGGGGGAGCCCCCCUGGGGAGGCCCUGGACUUUCCCCACUGUCACUGGUAACCUCUUCUGGGUGCCAGGGAGAACAAGGGAAGGAUGUUGGGGACUAAGGGCUAGAGACUACCCAGCACUUUCGGUUUCCUUUGGGACGACCUGGAGGCCCGAGUGAUCCUCUCCUGCCUCCAUCUGGGAGGCUGCCUGCUGCUGUCUGAGCCCCCACAUCACUGUGGCCACGGCAUCCCUGACUGUACCCAUCCCUCCUUCCUACUCUGAGCUGGGAGUGUAUGCUACACUCACACUGCCAGCCAGAGGUACUGGGAUAGGAUCAGGGACAGGAUGGGGGACAGGGAUAGAGCUCGCUGCAGGCUCAGCUUCCUCCUCUGCAUUCUCUGGGGCUAGGGUCUUGGCCAGCACCCUGGUGGCGAGCACUUGCAAGGCCUACAGCAGGCCUCAUCUCUGGCAGCUGCGCCACACACUGUGUCAUCUUGGUGCCAUCUUCUCUGCCAAUGCAGCAGUCUGGGCCCAGCCCCUACCUGGGGGUGGUGAGUUGGGCCCCAGGGACACAAGACCAUUCGGCCCUCCCCCCGAGGGACAGACUUCUUUCAGGACUGUUUGUAUUGAAACAAAGCGGUGUCAAUAAAGCCCCCACGGGGCCUGUGGUCAGCAA